GAGCCAGCCAGGCCGCCCGUUCCCACAGCCGCCGAGCAAAGCGCUGCCAUGGCGCUGGCCCGGCCUGGGACCCGGGACCCCAGGCCCCCGGCCCCUCUCCUGCUGCUCCUGCUCGGGGGCUCUGCCCUCGCCCUCCCGGUCGGAACGGCACCUUCGGACCCCCCGGGUGCCUGUGCCUCAGACCCAUGUGCUCCAGGGACCGAGUGCCAGGCUACAGAGAAUGGUGGCUAUACCUGUGGGCCCCUGGAGCCCCGGGGCUGUGCCAGUCAGCCAUGCCACCACGGUGCUCUGUGUGUGCCCCAGGCUCCAGACCCCAGUGGCUUCCGCUGCUACUGCGUGCCCGGAUUCCAGGGCCCACGCUGUGAGCUGGACAUCGAUGAGUGUGCGUCCCGGCCCUGCCACCACGGGGCCACCUGCCACAACCUGGCCGAUCGCUACGAGUGCCACUGCCCCCUCGGCUAUGCAGGCGUGACCUGCGAAGCGGAGGUGGACGAGUGUGCCUCGGGGCCCUGCCUGCACGGGGGCUCGUGCUUGGACGGCUUGGGCUCCUACCGCUGCGUGUGCGCGCCGGGCUUCGGGGGCGCCAGCUGCCAGCUGGACCUGGACGAGUGCCAGAGCCAGCCGUGCGUGCACGGGGGCGUAUGCCACGACCUGGUCAACGGGUUCCGGUGCGACUGCGCGGACACGGGCUACGAGGGCGCGCGCUGCGAGCACGAGGUGCUGGAGUGCGCGUCGGCGCCCUGCGCGAACAACGCGUCCUGCCUCGAGGGCCUCGGGAGCUUCCGCUGCCUCUGCUGGCCAGGCUACAGCGGCGAGCGGUGCGAGGUGGAUGAGGAUGAAUGUGCAGUGGGCCCCUGUCAGCACGGCGGCCAGUGCCUGCAGCGCUCCGACCCAACCCUCUAUGGGGGCAUCCAGGCCGCCUUCCCAGGAGCCUUCAGCUUCCGCCAUGCUGCUGGCUUCCUGUGCCGCUGCCCUCUGGGCUUUGAGGGGGACGACUGCAGUGUGGACGUGGACGAGUGUGCCUCACGGCCAUGCCUCAGUGGAGGCCUCUGCCAGGACCUGCCCAAUGGCUUCCAGUGCCACUGUUCAGAUGGCUACACAGGCCUGACAUGUCAGGAAGAUGUGGACGAAUGCCUGUCGGAGCCCUGCCUCCAUGGCGGGACCUGCGAAGACACCGUGGCGGGCUACAUCUGCUGGUGCCCAGAGGCCUGGGGUGGCCGUGACUGUUCCGUGCAGCUCGCUGGCUGCCAAGGCCACACGUGUCCGCUGGCCGCCACCUGCAUCCCCACCUUCCAGUCAGGGGUCCACAGUUAUGCUUGCCGCUGCCCACCUGGUACCCACGGACCUUUCUGUGGCCAGAAUACCACCUUCUCCGUUGUGGCUGGGAACCCUGUGCGGGCUUCGGUGCCAGCUGGUGGCUCCCUGAGUCUGGCACUGAGGUUUCGUACUACGAUACCUGCUGGUGCUCUGGCCGCUCGCUCUGACACUCAGGGCAGCUUGGAGCUGGCGCUGGUGGAGACCACGCUUCAGGCCACACUCUGGAGUCACGGCAACAAUGUGUGCAUCCUGAGGCUGCUGGACCUGCCCCUAAACGACGGCCACUGGCACCGAGUGGAGGUGACGCUCCGCUUCGGGGUCCUGGAGAUGCGGCUCUGGCACGAGGGCUGCCCUGCCCACCUCUGUGUGGCCUCCAGCCCUGUGGCCCCGCCUCCUACGGCUUCCCCGGCCCCGACGCCUGCUGGGUUCUGCUCCACGCAGCUGGGUGGUGUGGCCUUUACGGGCUGCCUCCAGGACGUGCACGUGGACGGGCACCUCCUGCUGCCUGAGGAUCUCGGCGAGAAUGUCCUCCUGGGCUGCGGGCGCCAGGAGCAGUGUCAGCCUCCGCCUUGUGCCCACGCAGGGGUCUGCGUGGACCUGUGGACUCACUUCCGUUGUGACUGCCCCCGGCCCUAUAGCGGUCCCACAUGUGCUGAUGAGGUUCCUGCUGCCACCUUUGGCUUGGGGGGCACCCUGAGCUCUGCCUCCUUCUUGCUCGACCAGCUGCCAGGCCCCAACCUCACCAUGUCCUUCCUCCUCCGCACCCGGGAACGUGCUGGCCUCCUGCUCCAACUUGCCAACGAUUCAGUAGCUGGCCUGACAGUGUUCCUGCGUGAGGGCCAGAUCCGGGCUGAGGUGCUGGGCAGUCCUGCCCUGGUGCUUCCUGGGCGCUGGGAUGAUGGGCUCCGCCACCUGGUGACGCUCAGCUUUGGGCCUGAUCAGCUGCAGGGCUUGGGGCAGCAGGUGCACGUGGGCGGGAGGCUCCUCCCUGCUGACGCCCAGCCCUGGGGUGGGCCCUUCCGAGGCUGCAUUCAGGACCUGCGACUCAACAGCCUCCACCUCCCCUUCUUUCCACCGUUGCUGGAGAACUCCAGCCUGCCCAGUGUGCCGGGCAGCAGGCGGUCCUGGAACCUCACCAUGGGCUGUGUCUCCGAGGACACGUGCAGUCCUCAGCCCUGUCUCAAUGGUGGGACUUGCCUUGUCUCCUGGAAUGACUUCCACUGCACCUGCCCUGUUAACUUCACUGGGCCCACAUGUGCCCAGCAGCUGUGGUGUCCUGGCCAGCCCUGUCUCCCGCCUGCCACCUGUGAGGAGGUCCCUGAUGGCUUUGUCUGUGUGGCUGAGGCCACGUUCCGCGAGGGACCCCCGGCGGAAUUCAGCGGGCACAACGCGUCAUCCGGGCGCGCGCUCAGCGGCCUCUCUCUGGCCUUCCGUACGCGCGACCCCGAGGCCGGGCUGUUGCGCGCCGCGGGCGCCCCCGACACCGUCUGGCUGGCUGUGCGCAACGGCUCGCUGGCGGCCGGCGUGCGCAGUGGCCCCGGCCUGCCCGGCGCGGUGCUGCCGGCGCCCGGGCCGCACGUGGCCGACGGCGCCUGGCACCGCGUGCGCCUGGCCAUGGAGCGCCCCGCGGCCUCCGCGUCGCGCUGGCUGCUGUGGCUGGACGGCGCGGCGACGCCCGUGGCGCUGCGGGGCCUGGCCAGCGACCUGGACUUCCUGCGCGGCCCGGGCGGCGCGCGCGUCCUGCUGGCCGAGAACUUCACGGGCUGCCUGGGCCGCGUGGCCCUCGGCGGCCUCCCGCUGCCCCUAGCAGGCCCGCGGCCCGACGCGGCCCCCGGCUCCCGGGAGCCCUUCUCGGCCUGGCCCGGCGCGCCGGUUCCGCGCCUCGGCUGCCGCGGUGCGCCCGUGUGUGUCCCCUCGCCCUGCCUGCACGGCGGCGUCUGCCGCGACCUCUUCGACGCCUUCGCCUGCGCCUGCGGCCUGGGCUGGGAGGGUCCGCGCUGCGAGGCCCGCGCCGACCCGUGUCGCUCAGCGCCCUGUGCCCGCGGCCGCUGCCACACGCGCCCAGACGGCCGCUUCGAGUGCCGCUGCCCGCCUGGCUUCGCGGGCCCGCGCUGCCGGUUGCCUGUCCUGCCAGAGGAGUGCAGCCUGAAUGUCACCUGCCUCGAUGGUGGCCCGUGUGAGGGUGGGCCCCAGGGUGCCAACUGCAGCUGCCAGGAGAGCUUUGCUGGCCAGAGGUGUCAGAUCCCCUGUGAAGCCAACCCCUGCUUGAAUGGCGGCACCUGCCGGACAGCUGGUGGGGUCUAUGAAUGUAUCUGCAGUGCAAGCUUCUCAGGCCAGUUCUGCGAAGUGGUGAAGGGCCUAUCGCUGCCGCUGCCGUUCCCGCUGCUGGAGGUGGCAGUGCCUGCGGCCUGCGCCUGCCUCCUCCUCCUCCUCUUGGGGCUCCUCUCAGGGAUCCUGGCGGCCAGAAAGCGCCGCCAGUCAGAGGGCACCUACAGCCCGAGCCAGCAGGAGGUGGCCGGAGCCCGGCUGGAGAUGGACAGUGUCCUCAAGGUGCCACCCGAGGAGAGACUCAUCUAGGCCCACCUGGCUGUGGCUCCAGCACCUGUGAGGUCCUCGCCUUCUACCUGGAGACCGAAGGAGGCCACUUUCGGGAGCCUCCCGGGCCUCGGGGAGCUGCUGCCGGGCCCAGGAUACCUGCUGGGGAAGUGGCCCCUUGCCCCGUCCUGGACUGAGGGGAAGGGGCGCGCUCGGGGAAGCAGAGAGAGGCCUGGCGAGGUUGUGGACAUUCUCCAUCCAACCGCCCGGUCUUAACCUUGGCAGGCACACGGCUGUGCCGGGAGGAGCACCUGCGGGUGCACACGACGUGUUCAGGAGUGUGUGUGAGUGUGCGCGCGUGCACGUGUGUUUGUACCUGGGCCUGUUGAUCUGCAGAUACCAGUGUGAGUGUUACGGAUGGGGCUCACGGGCACGUCCACGUCUUUGCUGUUUGUGCACGUGACUGUGUAGUGAGUGCAGGUGACCCCGCGGAGGGGCAGCUGGGCAGUGGAGACCACCUUCUCAGCCCCGGGGCAGGGGCAGCCCAGGGCCACGAGUUCUCCUGGAGGCCAGGCCAGGGCUUGCCCAAGGACCAAAGCCCCAGCUCCGGCAACUUCUCCCACCUCCGGAGGCUGCCCCGGCCCUGGAGGCAGCUGGAAAUCAGUGGGGUGGGGGGCAUGAGCCAGAGGUUAAUGUGUGAGCUCCUGGCUCCCCAGACAAGUGCUCCCUGAGGCAGGUCUGUCUCUGCCCUCUGCGGCAGCCAGGCACCCGCUGGGAUGCAGGACUGAGGGGCAGACCUGCAGGAGCGGGGGGGCGGGGGAGGGUGUCUGGCCACUGCAGCCUUCCUCCUGCAGGCCUGUCACUUAUAGAAUGAGGAAAGCAGCCCUUGCCUACCUCACGGGGCUGCUGUGAGGAUGGGCAGGGCAACAGUGGGGAAGGAGCUCUGGAAUUCGUUAAAGUCCAGUCCGCUGUGAGGGCUGCCCGGGCCAUCCCAAGGUGUCGGGAAGGGAGAGGGUGAGAGCGGGGAAGGGGCCUCCCUGAGGGGUAGCAAGGGGGCCAGAGGGCGAUGAUGACAGAGGAGCAACCCUCCCUGCCCACCUUGUGGUUCUCCAGCCCCUCCGGCAUCAGCGCUCUCCUCUCCAGGCUGCCUGGCGAGUCCGCUCUUUCACCUGCAGACCAGUCACCUCUCUAAUGGCCGCUGGGAGGACUCGAGGAGGGCCUCGCAGGGAGCCCUCAGGGUUGUUUGCUGAGGCAGGUGCUUGGCAAAUGCUGGCACUGUCUCUGGGUCGGGGCUGGUCCUGCGGACAGACACAGAUGAAGGGAAGAACUGGCCGCUUUGCUUCCAGUCCCUUCCGUGGUGAUGCCAUCUCACUUGGAUCUCUGAUCUCUGAGGGGCACUUGCCUGAGGGCCUGGCCUCUGAGCUUCAGAGUCCCUUGGUCCCUGACCUGGAGAUGUGCCCUUUGGUCCUUCCCAUUUCCCAGGCCAGCGCCCCCUGUGCCAAGGCCAGGAGACCCCUUUCCACUUCUCGACUGGAGGUGGACUUUACCCAUCUCCCCUAGGGGCCUCAGCCAGCUUCCAGAGGCACAGGAGUCAAAUGUGAGGUGGAGGCAUGUGGUGAUGGAGGCAAGGGAAGGGGUGAGCGGGCUGAGACUGGGAUGGGAAGGGCCCAGAACACUAGGUUACGGGGCUGGCUUGGUCCUUAUCCUGUAGGAGGUGGGACAACCUUUUCCCCCAACUUUCUCCCUGACUCUUGGAAAAGUGGGGGAGAAAACAUCUGGUAGCAACAACUUAGCCCCAGCUGGUGCCUUGGUUAGUUUAUUAAGUCAGAGACUUGGCAAACCUGUGUUCUUGCAGACUCCUAAGACAAGACAUUCUGGGUGGAACCCCAAUAUAUAAAAGCUGGGCUGUUCUUUUU